AUGGCGCGGAGGUGCUGCGGCUGCAGCGUGCGGUGCUGUUGCUGCCUCCUGGUGCUGACGCUGCUCGCGCUCGCGGUCACGGCCGCCGUCGUGUUCGCCCGCUACAAGGACGGCGGCAACAUCUUCCCCAUCCCCGGCUUGCCGGACCCCAAGUAUGCCGAGGCGCUCGCCGUGGCGCUCCGCUUCUUCCAGGUCCAAAAAUCCGGGAAGCUGGUGAACAACACGAUCCCGUGGCGAGGUGACUCGGCGCUGCGCGACGGCGAGGAUGCCAAGCUGGACCUGUCCAGGGGCAUGUACGACGCGGGCGACCACGUGAAGUUCGGGUUCACGAUGGCGUUCACGGGCACCAUGCUGUCGUGGUCCGUCCUCGAGUACGGCGACGCCAUGAGCGACGCCCAGCAGCGCGACGCCGCCAUGGACGCGCUGGGCUGGAUCAUGGAGUUCCUCGUCAACGCGCACCCCUCUGACGACGUGCUCUACAUCCAGGUGGGCGACCCGAAAUCGGACCACAAGUGCUGGGAGCGGCCGGAGACGAUGUCGGAGAAGAGGCCGCUGACGAAGAUCACCGCGAAAUCCCCCGGCAGCGACGUGGCCGCGGAGACGGCGGCGGCCAUGGCCGCGGCGUCGCUGGUGUACAAGCCCGGCAACGCGACGUACGCGUCGUCGCUCCUGGACCACGCCGAGCGGCUGUUCAAGUUCGCCGAUGCGCACCGGGGCUCCUACACGCGCACGUUCCCGGAGCUCAGCGCCUACUACAACUCCACGACGUACCAGGACGAGCUCCUGUGGGCGGCCGCCUGGCUGUACCACGCCACCGGCAACCACAGCUACCUGAGCUACGCCACCGGCAGGAACGCCGACGAGUUCGCCGACCUGGGCAACCCUAGGUACUUCAGCUGGGAUGACAAACGCGCCGGCACCGAGGUUCUCUUGUCCAGGGUGAUGUUCUUCGCCGGAGAUGGAUCUGAUGCCGGACAAGACGAGGUCCUUGGGUCGUAUAAGGACACCGCCGACGCCGUCAUGUGCAUCCUCCUACCGGAGUCGGACACUGCGGCUUUCAGAACAGAAGGGGGGUUACUGUACGUGGCGGAGUGGAACUCGCUGCAGCACCCGGUGGCGUCAGCGUUCCUCGCCAACGUCUACAGCAACUACAUGGCGACGUCGGGGAAGUCGGAGCUGACCUGCAGCGGCAAGAGCUUCACGGCGCUGGACCUCCGCAGGUUCGCCAAGUCCCAGGCGGACUACGUCCUCGGCGACAACCCCAUGAAGCUGAGCUACCUCGUCGGCUUCGGGGACAGCUACCCGCAGCGGGUGCACCACCGCGGCGCGUCCAUCCCCGCCGGCGUCGACACCGGCUGCGACGGCCAGGAGUGGCUCAAGUCGCCUGAGCCCAACCCGAAUGUCGCCACGGGCGCGCUGGUCGGCGGGCCGUUCAAGAACGACUCGUUCGUCGACGACAGGGAGAACGUGCAGCAGAACGAGCCGACCACGUACAACAGCGCGCUCGUCGUCGGCUUGCUCUCCGGCCUCCUCUCAACUGCCCCCGUCGCCAAGUCCCUCUCGUGA